GUAGCGUCGGUGGUAACGGGAUAGACUGACAUGGCGCAUCCAGGACAAGUCGGAGGACCACCUCAACAAUGGCAUCCUGGUAUGGGUGGUCCGCCGCCUGCAGAUUUCCGGCAAGGAAAUGGACCGCCUCGACGGGGAGGCGGAGGGGGACCUCCUCCCAUGGCUCCACCCCCAAUGCAGGGCAUGCCAAGAUUUGCAGGCUACGAACAAGUCGGGGGAUUUGGACAAAUGAAUUUUAUGCCCCCGCCACCUCCACCCCCGCCACCCUCUGGUCCACCCCCGCCAAUGGAGUUUACCGACAUUGCUAAUUUGGAUGAGGCGGCAUGUAGACAAGCUAUGCUUGAUUUCGUGUCGGAGAACUGUUGCUAUGGAGCCAAGCCAGCCCAAGAAAUGACCAUCACUCAUCAUCAUGGUUUAACCGCCUUCCAUUAUACCUUAGAAACGUUUACGGAAGCAAGAAAGACUGGAUUCAAGCAUGUGCCUUACCGAGGUGGCCCUGUAGAUGGCCCCGAGAACGGCCCUCCACCCCCACCCUGGGCUAUCCAUUGUUUAGCUGACAGUAUGUUCCACACACACGUCAAGCAAAUGGAGGUUCCUCAUACAGCAACCGUUCGGCCAUGUCACCGUUGCGAUGCCCAAGGAUAUUUCCGCUGCUGGGAAUGUCAUGGUUGGGGUCAGACGGAAUGUGAGGACUGUGAUCGGCGAGGAUUUCACGAACGAUUUGACCCUAAUCUGGGUCAUGCUGUCCAUGAAACCUGCCACCGUUGCCAUGGUGACGGAAUAUGUCGCUGUGACAGAUGCGGUGGUGAUGGUAGAAUAACUUGUGAUGAAUGUGACGGUUACAGGAACAUCAAAACAUACAUAGAACUCACUGUCACAUUUACAAAUCACGUUGGUGAACACAUCAUUGAACGUUCUGAUAUGCCGGAUCACUUAGUGAAAGAAGUGGGCGGAGAAAUGGUGUUUGAACAGGUUCUAGACCAGGUAUUCCCAAUAACAUCGUAUCCAAUCGCUGAGAUUAACAACAAUUCUAUCAGGAUCGUCAACCAACACAAGGGAGCAUUUCCAAAUGAGAGAAUGCUGAAACAGAGACAACAGUUGCGGGCUGUUCCGGUGACUGAGGUCCACUAUACGUGGGAAGAUGUUAGUACACGCUACUGGAUCUACGGACUGGAAAGAAAGGUCCACGCCCCUGACUAUCCACAACAGUGCUGCUGGGGGUGUACCAUUCUGUAAAAGGCUCGCAAAAGAAUCCACUCAGGGGUUUGGAACACUCAGUCAUUCAAAACAAACAUCUUUCAUAACUUCUUGUUUCAGAAGUACUUGUUUUAAACCUGAAUUAUUUUUAAUUUUGAGUUCUUGCGAAAAAGAAGCGCUUGAAUAAUGUGGACUUUUAUGUAAAAUUAUGAUAGAUAUAAAAAAGUGGCUUUACUCAUUCUUAAAGUGAGAAAAUGUUCUAACAAUGUUACCAAUGCAUUACUAACUUUAUGAACAAGCUAUAGACAUUUGUCAUGGCUAAAAUAUGUAAGUUACUAAUUAUGUUUCUUUCUUGUUGGUAUGAAGGUCUGUGUUCUGUGUAAAGGUAAUGUCCUGUUUGCACUUCAUCUUAAUUUUCAAUAGGUUACUCCAGCACCACUAAAUAGGUGAUCAAAGUGAUACUAAUUAUAUAUCAGAAGUUGCUCAAAGCACUAAAAUAGCAAUAGAUAGUAUUAGAAUAUUAUUUUAUAAACCAAUUCACUUGGGCAAUAUUCUUAUGAGAUUGUUAAAACUUAAUAUUUAUCUACACUAAACGAGAUUAUCAAUGUAAUUGAUAUUAUGUAUUUUAAUAAAUACUUCUUUUUUUUAAUGAGUGUAAAUUAUAACCUGGAUCAUGAAACAUUUGAUGAUUUUAAGUAUUAUUAUAAUUAGGUCAAAGAAUUCUUUCA